AUUAGUGGUCGUUAUGAUGCCGUUUGGAGGAAUUGCAUCCAAGCUGCGGAUUGAUCGCCUGAAGGCGGACGGUGUGGGUUCCCAUGAUAAUGCUUCUAAAUACUUAAACCAAGACUACGAGAGCUUAAAGCAGCAGUGCCUGGAAAGUGGCACGCUAUUUGAGGACCCUCACUUUCCUACCAUCACUUCCUCACUGGGCUUUAAGGAACUGGGGCCAGGGUCAAGCAAAGUCCAGGGUGUGCGAUGGAAACGGCCUGGGGAAAUAGUUGGGGAUCCUCAGUUUAUUAUUGGAGGAGCCACAAGAACGGAUAUCAAACAGGGAGCAUUGGGUGACUGUUGGCUGCUUGCGGCUAUCGGAUCUCUGACCCUGAACGAGGAUCUCCUGCACAGAGUGGUCCCACACGGCCAAAGCUUCCAAGAGGACUACGCUGGAAUAUUUCACUUCCAGAUCUGGCAGUUUGGUGAGUGGGUAGACGUGGUAAUAGAUGACCGUUUGCCGGUGAAGGAUGGCGAGCUUGUCUUCGUGCACUCGGCUGAAUGUUCAGAGUUUUGGAGCGCUUUGCUAGAGAAGGCCUACGCCAAGUUGAAUGGUUCAUAUGAGGCCCUUUCUGGUGGUAGCACAACAGAAGGCUUUGAGGACUUCACAGGAGGGGUGGCUGAGAUGUACGAACUCCGCAAAGCCCCACGGGGUUUGGACAAGAUCAUCAAGCGAGCACUGGAACGAGGGUCCCUGCUGGGCUGUUCUAUAGAUAUAACCAGUGCUUAUGACAUGGAAGCUGUAACCUUCAAGAAGUUGGUAAAGGGUCACGCAUAUUCUGUCACUGCUCUUAAAGAGGUAAACUACAGAGGUCAAGUGGAGCAGCUCAUUCGUAUCCGAAACCCCUGGGGUGAGGUGGAGUGGAUAGGCGCCUGGAGUGAUAACUCCUCUGAGUGGAAUGAGGUGGAUCCUUCAGAGCGUGAAGACUUGAGGCUGAAGAUGGAGGACGGAGAGUUCUGGAUGUCCUUCCAAGAGUUCUUGCGCCAGUUCAAUCGCCUGGAGAUCUGUAAUCUCACACCUGAUGCUCUUGACAAGGAUGGUCUAAGCAAGUGGCACACCACUGUAUAUGAGGGUACCUGGCGCAGGGGCAGUACAGCAGGAGGAUGCAGAAAUAACCCAGCCACCUUCUGGAUAAAUCCCCAGUUUAAGAUCACGUUACUUGAGGAGGACGAUGACCCUGAUGAUAACGAGCUGGCCUGCAGCUCACUGGUCGCCCUGAUGCAGAAACACAGGAGGAAGGAACGUCGUGCCGGAGGGGACAUGCACACCAUUGGCUUUGCAGUCUAUGAGGUUCCUGAUGAGUUUAAAGGAUGCCAAAAUGUUCACUUGAAAAAGGAUUUCUUCCUGCGCCACCAGUCGUGCGCCCGCUCAGAAACCUUCAUCAACCUGCGUGAGGUGAGCAACCAGGUGCGCCUGCCGCCUGGGGAGUACAUCAUUGUCCCCUCCACAUUUGAGGCUCACAAGGAAGGAGACUUUGUGUUGCGAGUUUUUACUGAGAAGCAUUCGGAAAUACAGGAGCUAGAUGAAGAGGUAUCUGCAGAUCUGCCCGAUGAGGAAGAAAUAUCUGAAGAUGAUGUUGAUGAUUCAUUCAAAAACAUGUUUCAGCAGCUGGCAGGAGAUGACAUGGAGAUCAGCGUCUUUGAACUCAGGACCAUCCUCAACAGAGUGAUAUCAAGGCACAAAGAUCUGAAGACAGAUGGUUUCAGCAUGGAGUCCUGCCGCCAGAUAGUCAAUCUGAUGGAUAAAGAUGGCAGCGGCAAGUUGGGCGUUGUGGAGUUCCAGAUAAUGUGGAAUAAAAUACGUAACUGGCUGACUCUCUUCCGUAAAUAUGACCUGGAUAAGUCUGGUACUAUGAGCUCCUAUGAGCUUCGUAUGGCCCUGGAAUCUGAAGGUUUUAAGCUGAAUAACAAGCUGAUCCAAGUGCUUGUCGCUCGAUACGCAGACAAUGAGAUGGGAGUUGACUUUGAUAAUUUUGUUUGCUGUUUGGUGAAGCUGGAGGCCAUGUUCAGAUUUUUUAAGGCAAUGGAUCAGGAAGGCGGCAACUCAGUGGUGAUGAACCUGGGCGAGUGGUUAACUCUGACAAUGUGCGGAUAAUUGCAACCAUGACCACCAGCCUUGUGUUCUGGAUCAGACACUCCUCCUUGCCCCGGAUAUCUCUCACUAACCUCGUUUUAUAGGGAUCUAAUCACUAGGAGAGCACUCUUGCUGCUUCACAAGCUCUAAUUAGGGCACACUUCCCAGAAGCCUCAGCGUGUGACUGGACAAUCGUAACUGCAGUGAAAGAGCAGCAUACGGACAAACUGAGACUUGCCAUAUCUCAUCACAACAUGUGCCUCCUGUACAAUCUAAUGGUCAUCUCCCCCAUCUGUCCUCUGUCCCUACACACGCCACUUCCUAUCACAGGGGGGACCCAUAGGGCCUUUUAUAACGUCACCUAUAUUAGUUUUAUACAAGUAUAUAUAUAUAUUAAAAAUACUGAUUGUAGCGAGCAUGUGAGGGAGGCUGGAGAUAGGGUCCUGUGUAUGAGACCCCCACCACUUCAUACAUAGAAGUCUCUCCCUUGCUCACAGUGCUAAAGGGCUAUAUAUACUGCAGGAACCUAAUGAGAAGAGGACGUAUAGGAUGAUGGUGGGGACAGUCCUGCCCGCGCUUGUGGAAUGUGUUUAGUGCCAGACAGCAUGAUGAAUAAAUUAGUGAAACCUGAA